AUGGCUUCCACCGCUGGCGGCCCUGUGCGCAAGAAAAUUGUUCACCACCUCGGGUCGCCCUUCACCACGGUCUCCUGGCCAGAAAUAUCUCAAGAAGACCAGGACACCAUAUUGGAGCUGCUCUGCGAAUAUCUCAGCCCCAUCGGCAAACAUCGCCAGAGACACAUUAAGCCUUCCAAAGGAAAGCGCGCAGAAAAGAAACGCAAGCGUCUACAAAAAGACGCCGGCCAAGAUGCGGGCCAAGACGCCGUUGCCACGGCUGUCGACCCCCCGGCCAAGCCAGAAAUUGCGUCGCACGUGGACGUUGGCUUCAGCGCCAUCACGAGGGGCUUUCAAGACGUCAAUGACGCAAAAGAGGAUGGCGGGACCAAAGGAAAGCAGAAAUACGACAUGGUAUUCGUCUGCCGUGGCAACCAAGCGGCCGCAUUCAACAGCCAUUUCCCACAGAUGGUAGCCGCAUCCUGCCGCGAGAGCCAGCCGGAUCGCGCCACACGACUGGUGGGCUUCUCCAAGCCGUGCUCCGACAGGCUGAGCAGCUGUCUUGGCAUCGCACGCGCUUCGUCCGUGGCUAUCCGGAGCGACGCGAAAGGAUCCAGUGUGCUGUGGGAUCUGGUGAGGAAGGCUGUCGAGCCUGUGCGGUGCGAGUGGCUGGAAGAGGCCCGGAGUCUACAAUACCGUCCAUCGCAGAUAAUAUCUGUAGAAACCUCUGUUGGACCUAAGAAGAGCAAGGCAGUAGCAGCGUAA